GUCAGAAUAUCUGGCUCUGCAGCGUACGUCUCUCAAUCUGCUUGGAUCCAAUCAGGAAGCAUAGAAGAAAAUGUCCUUUUUGGUAGUCCAAUGGAUAAGGCAAAAUACAAGGCUGUUAUUCAUGCCUGUUCAUUGAAGAAGGACUUGGAGCUAUUCUCGCAUGGCGAUCAAACCAUUAUCGGUGAUAGAGGUAUAAACCUCAGUGGUGGUCAGAAGCAAAGACUGCAGCUUGCAAGGGCACUAUACCAAGACGCUGACAUUUAUUUACUUGACGAUCCAUUUAGUGCUGUUGAUGCUUACACGGGCUCUGAAUUAUUUAGGGAGUACAUACUGACAGCAUUAGCUACGAAAACUGUUGUUUUUGUCACUCAUCAAGUUGAAUUUCUGCCUGCUGCUGACGUGAUUCUGGUCCUGAAGGAAGGCCGUAUAAUUCAAGCUGGAAAAUACGACGAGCUUCUCCAAGCAGGCACGGAUUUCAACACACUGGUCUCCGCACAUCACGAAGCCAUUGAAGCCAUGGACUUCUGCAACCCAGCUUCCGAAGAAUCGGACAAAAGUGACCCUCUCGAUAGGUCCGUUCUAAUGAGCAAAAAAUGCGACUCCGUCGGCAACAACAUGUCCGUUAUGGCUUCCGGGGCCCACGAAGGCGUGUCCUCCUCGGGCCUGAAAGCAAUUAAAGAGAAAAAGAAGAAAACUAAACGCUCGAGAAAAAAACAGCUCGUGCAGGAGGAAGAACGCGUGAGAGGGCGGGUCAGCAUGAAAGUGUACUUGUCUUAUAUGGCAGCCGCUUAUAAGGGCUGUUUGAUCCCUUUGAUUGUUCUUGCCCAGACAUUGUUUCAAGUCCUUCAGAUAGCGAGCAGCUGGUGGAUGGCCUGGGCUAACCCACAGACGGCUGGGGACGAACCUAAGACGGGCAACAUGGUGCUUAUCCUAGUUUAUAUGGCACUUGCUUUCGGGAGCUCGUUGUUUAUAUUCGUGAGGGCCAUUCUUGUUGCUGCGUUUGGUCUCGAGGCCUCACAGAAGCUGUUCGUGAAAAUGCUCAGAUCGAUUUUCCGGGCACCGAUGUCUUUUUUCGACUCUACUCCAGCUGGACGAAUAUUGAAUCGUGUGUCUGUUGAUCAAAGUGUUGUUGAUCUUGAUAUUCCCUUCAGGCUUGGUGGAUUUGCUUCGACAACAAUCCAACUACUCGGCAUUAUUGGUGUGAUGACGCAAGUUACGUGGCAGAUAUUGCUACUAGUUAUUCCGAUGGCUAUUGCUUGCUUGUGGAUGCAGAAAUAUUAUAUGGCUUCAUCCAGAGAACUAGUCCGGAUCGUGAGCAUUCAGAAAUCACCGAUAAUUAACCUAUUUGCCGAAUCAAUUAGCGGGGCAGCUACAAUUAGAGGUUUCGGGCAGGAAAAGAGAUUCAUGAAGAGGAAUCUUCAUCUCCUUGAUUCCUUUGCUCGUCCAUUCUUUUGUAGCCUAGCAGCUAUCGAAUGGCUUUGUCUGCGCAUGGAGUUGCUUUCAACGUUUGUUUUUGCUUUUUGCAUGGUCUUACUUGUGAGCUUUCCUAGGGGAGCUAUUGACCCAAGUAUGGCGGGGCUUGCUGUGACGUAUGGUCUGAAUAUGAAUGCGCGCCUGUCAAGAUGGAUACUUAGCUUUUGCAAACUUGAAAACAAAAUAAUCUCAAUAGAAAGGAUCCAUCAAUACUGCCAAAUACCAAGUGAAGCGCCAGCAGUUAUUGAUGACUCUCGCCCCCCGUCGUCUUGGCCUGAGAUCGGCACAAUCGAAUUAAUUGACUUAAAAGUUCGUUACAAGGAGAGUCUUCCUGUUGUGCUCCAUGGCGUCUCGUGUAAAUUCCCCGGUGGGGAAAAAAUCGGAAUUGUUGGACGAACUGGGAGUGGUAAAUCGACCUUGAUUCAAGCCUUAUUUCGAUUGAUUGAGCCAUCAGGUGGCAGAAUAAUUAUAGACAAUAUAGAUAUUGCAACAAUCGGUCUUCAUGACCUACGCAAUCGGUUGAGUAUCAUUCCUCAAGAUCCAGCACUAUUUGACGGAACUAUCAGAGGAAAUCUCGACCCACUUGAAGAGCAUUCGGAUCAAGAAAUUUGGCAGGCACUUGACAAGGCACAGCUAGGGGACAUAAUCCGCCAGAAAGAACACAAGCUCGACACACCAGUUCUAGAAAGUGGAGAUAACUGGAGCGUGGGCCAACGGCAGCUGGUUUCUCUCGGGCGGGCUUUGCUUAAGCAGGCGAGAAUUCUGGUGCUUGAUGAGGCCACAGCCUCGGUGGACUCAGCUACAGACAAUCUAAUCCAGAAGAUUAUAAGAUCAGAAUUUAAGGAUUGCACUGUUUGUACGAUUGCUCACCGUAUACCUACUGUCAUCGAUAGCGACCUGGUUUUGGUCCUCAGUGAUGGUCGUGUGGCGGAGUUUGAUUCGCCAGCACGGCUAAUAGAGGACAAGUCCUCCAUGUUCCUCAGGCUCGUAUCUGACUUCUCUCUAUCCUCCCCGAGCUCCGCCGUGAAAGCAACGAUGCAGACCGUUUACAGGCGAUUGGCGCACCACCACAUUCAGCACUCCGCCGCCCCGCGUUCUUCUUUGAAAUCAGUUUAUCCCCUAACCGAUCAGUAUUAUGGUGCGGAGAAUCCGAGGAUGGCUUCGACUCUUGCCACCAAAGGAGUGGGGCAUUUAGUUCGUAAGGGCACUGGUGGCAGAUCAUCGGUUAGUGGCAUUGUCGCAACAGUAUUUGGGGCCACAGGGUUUCUGGGACGAUACCUAGUGCAGCAACUUGCUAAGAUGGGUUCUCAAGUGUUGGUCCCAUUUCGAGGCUCCGAAGAUUCUCCUCGUCACCUUAAGUUGAUGGGUGACUUGGGUCAGAUUGUCCCUAUGAAAUACAAUCCUAGAGAUGAAGAUUCAGUCAAGGCCGUGAUGGCAAAGGCUAAUGUUGUUAUUAAUCUUAUAGGAAGGGAAUACGAGACCAGAAAUUACAGUUUUGAAGAAGUGAACCAUCACAUUGCUGAACAGCUGGCUGUUAUUGCCAAAGAACAUGGUGGCAUUAUGAGAUACAUUCAAGUUUCUUGCUUGGGUGCUUCUUCAUCAUCUAAGUCCAAGUUGCUCCGAACUAAAGCAGCUGCCGAAGAAGCUGUCCUGAGAGAACUGCCUGAGGCCACAGUUAUGAGACCUGCUGUGAUGAUUGGCACAGAGGAUCGGAUAUUGAACCCAUGGGCACAUUUCGCAAAGAAGUACAGUUUUCUCCCACUCAUAGGGGAUGGAUCGACAAAGUUUCAGCCCGUGUACGUUGUUGAUGUUGCAUCAGCAAUUAUUGCAGCCUUAAAAGAUGAUGGUACUAGUAUGGGGAAAGUUUAUGAACUUGGUGGUCCGGAUGUUUACACCAUGCACGAACUGGCAGAACUUAUGUAUGACACAAUUCGUGAGUGGCCUCGCUAUGUGAAGAUUCCUUUGCCUAUUGCCAAGGCUAUUGCCACACCACGAGAAUUAUUUCUCAAGAAAGUUCCAUUCCCAAUGCCUACCCCAACCAUAUUCAAUCUGGACCAGAUUGAAGCCCUUUCAGUCGACACAUUGGUAUCUGAAGAUGCUUUAACAUUUGAGGAUCUUGGGAUUGCGCCUCGCAAGCUGAAGGGAUAUCCAGUUGAGUUUCUUAUUCAGUACCGGAAAGGUGGGCCGAAUUACGGGUCAACAGUUAGUGAGAAACUCACACCAAAACAAUGGUCUUGA